AUGCGUGGCUCCAGCCUACUAGCAGUAGGCCUCGGCCUGCUCAGCCCUGCCGCCUCGCUCCUCGUCGCCUCCGACUCGCCUUGUGGGACGCUGUGCGGCAACGUGCUCUCCUCCACCACCAACAACGAUAUUGUCUGCCAUGAGGACGACUACACUAGCGGAUCUGGCGUUGUGUUUCAGCAGUGCCUCGCCUGCGAGCAGACGAGCGACUACCGCACCUCUGAUAAUGAGACUGACCAACAGUACUACCUAUAUAAUCUCCGCUAUGCAGUCUCUUACUGUCUGUUUGGAAUCCCCGAUAAUAAGGAUGUCAUCAACACGCCCUGCAUGACCUCCAAGGCCUGUGGACCCUUCCAUGAUGCCAUUGUGUACAAGAACCUCUCUUCCAAGGUCGACAAAUAUGAAUAUUGUGAUAUUUGGCCUGUGGAUGAUACCCUCGACUUUAACGGAUGCACGGAAUGUCUGCAAGCUGGCGACAACCAUUUCCUUGCCAAUUUCAUUACCGUCCUCCAAGCCGGAUGCGAACAACAACCUUCACCCGGCACGCUAGUCUCUACCGAAGGCAGUAUCUUCUCAAAGGACAAUGUCAAUGUAACGGAACCGACACCCAUGCAAUCUGUGAACCCCGACUGGUUCAACGAAGGGCCUUUGACCCUUGAUGCCAAGGUCGGAAUCGCCUUUGCUGGAUUUGCCGUGCUUCUGGUCAUUCUCGGCUUCGCCAUUAUCUGGCGCGGCCGGAGACGGAGAAGGGCCUUCCUCAACACGCUCAAUAACAAGCCGCGCAAGUCUUGGCCGGGCGUUACCCCCAUGUUUGGCACCACUCGCGACACCCCCAUGAGCCAGAAGCCGUUGAGAGGCUGGGACGAGUCGCCGAUUAGCGUUCGAUCCGAGAAGCCGUUCCAGCAGCACGUGUCGCCUUUCGCCUCACAGUACAGCAGCCCUGUGAGCGCGACAGAGCUGAAGCUCGCUCACUGGCCCGUGAUGGCCCCCAACUCUUCGAUCCCAGACCUACCGCUGUCUGAGCAGCAGCAACAGCAACUGUACCAGCAACAAAUGUACCAACACCAACUGUACGAGCAGCAGCAAUUGUUUCAACACCAGCAGCUAUAUCAGCAACAACUAUACCAACAACAACAGAUGUACGAGCAGCAAAGGAUGUAUCAGCAGCAGAACCAAAGCAGCCCUCAUAUUGGGGUUGCUAUGGGUGGCGAUGAAGCCUCUGUCCACACCUCUGGCUCAAAGGGCAAGGGCAAGCAAGAGGAGGAGUACGAGAUGACCUCUGUGGAGAGUCCUCAAGGGGCCAUGGGAAUCUAUCAGCACGAGUACACUCACCCGGGAUAUACCCAAACUGGAUACCCUCAGCCUGGAUACCCCCAGUCUGGGUACCCUCAAACCGAGUAUCCCCAGCCCGGACAGCCUCAGGCUGAGUACCCACAGAACGGGGAGUCCAGCCGGGGACACCGUCGAGGGAAGGGGUCCUUUUCAGACAGACUCAGCAACGUGGAUGACCCUCACACAUAUGAUGAGGAUGAUCCGCGAAGUGGUCGCACACCGCACCAAGACGGUAGCGACAGGUAG